CAGACAGUUGAAUUUCUCCGCGGCCGCGGCUGCCAACUGCGGCCAGAACAAGCUGAUGGACGAACUGAGGCCGAACCUCGGUUUGCUCGGCGUCGGGCUCGUCGAGAACGACAGCUUCCAUCUGAAUCACAAUCAGGAGAAGAGGAAGUGCAGCAGCACCAGCUCGAACGAGCAAGAUUUCAGUCUUUAUGGGGUGCACCAGGGCCUGGAGGCUAGCCCGCCGACGCCGGCCGCGACGCCCGGAAGGAGCAGCGUUGGCGCUACUUCUACCGUUGGCGCGGAGGGAGCUUUUAAAAAGUUAAAACCCGAUCCUUGCGCUUCGAGUCCUCACAUCGGUCACACACCUACCACCGCCAGCUGUCCAACGCCUGCUCGACGACGGCACAGGACUACUUUCACGCAGGAGCAGCUGGCAGAAUUGGAAUCGGCAUUCGCAAAAUCUCAUUAUCCAGACAUAUACUGCAGGGAGGAAUUGGCGAGGUCCACUAAAUUGAACGAGGCUAGAAUUCAAGUCUGGUUUCAAAAUAGAAGAGCAAAAUAUCGGAAACAAGAGAAACAACUUCAGAAGGCUUUGACUCCGAUUCCUGCUUGUCAAGGUGCUAUGAUGAGGAAUAUUUACCCUGGUGCUAGCAGAGGUUAUCAACCGUACCCUCACCCUCAUAAUAGCAUAAAUGGAAUAAACCGCUACCCUCAGAUGGGUACGACGUCCUAUCCAAGUAUGACCCAACCAUUUUCCAUGUCACAUUCAGCGUCGAAUAUGUCUGCAGUUACUGGUAUGAGACAAGAUGCAAUGGGAAUGUCAGCCGAAGACGAGUGGUACAACAAGAGUAUCUCCGCUCUGAGAAUGAAUACGGCUCAUCAUCCCAACCUCGCUGCGCCGAUGUUGCAAUAUCAAACAUAAUUGUAAGCACACGUAUUAUGAGUGGAGCACAUCCGACGAGAUCGUUACGAAAUAUACAUAUAUUUGACUGUGCGUUAUCUUCAUUCAGGCAGCUUAGCACUGCUAAAAACGUGUCGUCAAGAGGAGAGAAGAGGAGAGAAACGAGUUGUCUCGCGAAUACCAUGAAGUACAUUUAAGAGAACAGUGAAACGAAAUCAAACUCGACGCGAAUCCCGUGACAUUUUGCACAAGGAAAAAAAAAGUAAGAGAGAGAGAGACGAGACGGAAAAUCAACAAUUUUCCGACAGACGCGACGACACUACGUCGUGUUAAACAGUUUAAUAAUCUUACCAGGAUUAUUCGUUCAUUAAACGCUAUGGAUAGAAAGUCAAAGCAUUGUAUUAUGUAUUGCGUUCGAAUUAACGAGAUAUCACCUGUAACAUUUCAUCGUAAUGUUAACGAUAUUUUGGUAAUGGUAACUUUGUUAAUAUCAUUUGAUAUCAUUGGUGAAGAGAAAAAGGAGAGAGAGAGAGAGAGAGAGAGAGAAAGAGAAGAAAAAAAUUAUUCAUGUGCGGCGUUAUGCAUACACACGGAUAGUAUUGUAUAUUCCAUGAAAUAUACACAUAUUCGCACAUAACAUUGCAAUUAUUAGCGAAAAUGGUUAUGUAUGUAAACAAAUUUCUAUUAUUCUGUACAAAGCGUGAUAUACAUUUUCGAUCGGACUUUCGAUUUUUCAAUUAAGUAUAAUUACAUAUGUCGUUAGGGAUCGGUACGUUUCGUUCUUCGUAGUAGUAGUAGACAUAUGCAUAUUGCCGCGCAAAGCAGUUUUUAUAUUCGGAGUUAUAUCACUUCGUAGAGUAAUACGAACGUAAAUUUGUGUUCCUUCGUUGUUCGUUCGUUUUAUAGUUGAGAUACGUAAUUUCAUAUCGCGAUAGACGUCGCGUGUAAAGUGUCGUUUCUCAAAUAUAAAUUCAAUCGUGCACAGAUUACUCGAAGUAUCAUGCAUUUUAAUUCAGGCAAUUGUUUCUAGACGAAUGUCACGUAUCUAAUUUAAAUAAUUAUUUCUACAUCAAAUAUUACGUAUCAUACGUUUGUGUACUUUCACGUAACUCAAUUUCGAAAGUGUGAGAAUUAUUAACUUUAAACACUGCCACACAGUGUUUUUCAUUUGCAGUCAUUUUCGAUUAAUUUGAUUUAUGAACUAAAAAAUAUUGCAUCAAUCAAAAAACUGUACGUGUAAAAAUAACACGUACUGUCCUCGAC